CACAAAAAUAGAACAAAACCCACAAAAGGAGGAUUGAGAAGGGAGAGUGUUGGCCAAACAAAGCCAACCAAUACCUUAAACCACACAAACAAGAACCAGUUAUAUCAAGGCGAAUCAACCAACCAAUGUGAGUUUCCUUCUUAAAUCCCAUUCCUUUUCUUGUUCUACUUCCGGACAUUCCUCUCCUUCAGGUCCUUUUCCGGCCAAUGUCCACCGAUUUGACUCGCAUUCCUUUCCCCUCACAAGAUCACGCCAGUCCUCCUGUCACCAUUGUCCUCACACUCAUCCUCGUUGCCUUCCUCUUCGUCGGCUUCUUCUCCAUCUACUGCUGCCGCUGCGUUGUGGACUCCUUCAUCCAUUCCCGCAACGUCCGCCGCUCCACCUCCGGCAACCUUCUCCACCCUUCCACCGAUUCCCCUGCCGCCCCUACUGGCCUCGACCCACUUCUCAUCAACUCCUUUCCCACUUUCCCAUAUUCCAAAAUCAAGGAAUUUCGCAGUGACAAUGUGGGAUUAGAAUGCGCCAUUUGCCUUCUCGAAUUCAACGACGAGAGCUUCCUUCGCCUUCUCACUGUUUGCUACCAUGUUUUCCAUCAGGAGUGCAUUGAUCUCUGGCUCGAAUCCCACAAGACCUGCCCUGUUUGCAGGAGAAAUCUCGACUCCGAUUUACGGAGGAAUUCUGCUGAUAAGACCUCUGAUCCACCACGAACUUCCCACCGUGAGUCAAUUGAAGAUGCUAUUAGUAUUGACAUUGAUGAGGACGCCGAUGCCGAUGCCGAUUCCGAUGCCGAUGACAACGAGGGGUCUUGUUCGAACAAGGGAAAACAGAGGAUUGAAACAGAGGAGGUGGAGAAGGAAGAGAGUAGGAAGAAAUUCUCGAGAUCGCAUUCGACAGGGCAUUCGAUUGUGAAGGCGAAAAGAGAAGGAGAAAGUCGGCAUAAGUUGAUAUUACCGGAGCACGUGAAGGUUAAGAUCCUAAGAGGGCAUAAUUGGACGGGGAGUUGCGUGACAUUUAAGGAGUUGGCGAGGAACCCUAGCAAUGGCGGUGGGUUUUCAGAGCUCUGUGGAAGGGGUGAUCGGAAUAACUUGCAGAAGCCGGCAUGUUCAGCUUGAUUAGUUGAGUUUUGAUCCCUUUCUACUUCUAGAUUGUUGUUUUUUUGUUUAG